AUGCCCGCACGCUGCUCCGUCGACGACGCGGAGGCAAUUCGCAUAAACAACCAGAUCGACGAGGAGAUAAAGCGCGAACAUGAGUCUCUCAAGCGUCGGAGGCCGAGAGAAGUCAAAGUGAUGCUCCUGGGACAAGCAGAGUCCGGAAAGUCGACUCUACAAAAGCAGUUCCAGCUAUACUACGCAUCCCAAACACUCGACUAUGAACGUCCUUCCUGGCGGCCCAUCGUCUACUUCAACGUCCUCAAGGCCAUCCGGAUGAUCCUCACCGAGAUCGACUAUGAGUAUUUCUCCAACCAAGGGCCGACCGCCCCGGCGAUGUCUCCCUCCUUCUCGAGCAACUCCUCCACCAGCCUCUCCGGCUCGCCCUCGCGCGCGUCGACGACGCAGAACGGCAUCGACCCCGCAUGGAUGCUGGAGCUCUCGCAGCUCCGCAGCAAGCUCCUCCCGCUCGUGGCCUCCGAAGACGCGUUGGCGUCGGAACUCAGCGGUGGAAUCACCGUGUCGGGCGGCCGCACGGGCGUGUACGUCCGUGCGGGCUGGCAGGCCCUCAGCACGGCCACGCGCUCGUGGCCGCUCGCGGAUAUCAGGAGCGGUUCGGGCCCGAGAGCGCCUGUGAUGACAGAUAUUGUCGCGAAGACGCUGGCGGCGAACGCGUAUGAAAUCGAAGAUUUGUGGCAUCACCCUGCGGUGAGAACUCUGCUGGCGACGAAUGAUCUGCGCUUGGAAGAGUAUGCGGCGUUGUGCGUUGUUUCGUUUUUUGGUGGGGGGUCGGAUGGUGCUGACGAGAUGCUGCCAGCUUCUUGGAUAGACAUGCUUCACGUGAGAUUACAAACACUGGGCGUCAAAGAGCACUCGUUCGACGUCGACAUGGCCGGCACGAACUACACUUGGCUGUUAUACGACGUCGGAGGCGCGAGAGGCCAAAGACAUGCCUGGGUGCCUUACUUCGAAGAUGCCACGGCCAUCAUCUUCCUCGCCCCGAUCAGCGCUUUUGACCAGUACCUGGAAGAGGACCCGCGGACGAACAGGAUUGACGACUCGUUGCAGCUGUUCACCACGAUAUGCUCGAACAAGCUGCUACAAAAGUCGGCGCUGGUGCUCAUGCUCAACAAGGCGCUUGACGGCGCUACCGCGUCUUUGCAGACGGACCUGCUGAAGCAAAAGAUCGACGCUGGGAUUAAAGUGCGGAAGUACAUCUCGUCGUAUGGGGACCGGCCAAAUACGUAUGAGGAAGUCUCGGAGUACUUCCGCGCACACUUCAUACAGGCGCACCGGCGGAAGGACGUCUACCGCAGGUCGCUGUUCGUGCACUUUACCUCCAUGCUGGAUAUCAAAGCGACGCAGAGGAUUAUAGUUAAUGUGAACGAAGCCAUCAUGCGGAAGCAUAUGGCCACCAUCGGCCUUGCAUAG